AUGGAUCUGCUUGUGAACAAAUAUCGACCAAAGAAUGUACAGGAGGUCGUUGGAAAUCCUCAAACGGUUGAGAUGAUCUCACUGAUAGUUCAAAGCAACGAUAUGCCACAUCUUCUAUUUACAGGUCCUCCAGGAACCGGAAAGACAACAUGUGCAAAGAUGCUGGCAAAGACACUUCUUGACAAUAAUCCAGAAGGAGUUUUGGAUCUGAAUGCAUCUGAUGAAAGAGGAAUUGACACUGUCAGGACAACAAUAAAAAGCUUUGCACAGCGCAAGGUAAACUGUGCUUUUAAAAUAAUCAUACUUGACGAGGCAGACUCAAUGACCACUGCAGCGCAGCAAGCAAUGCGUAGAAUCAUGGAGAUUCACAGCAACGAUUGCAGGUUUAUAUUGAUAUGCAAUGCUUUUGCAAAGAUAUUUGAGCCUAUCCAAAGCAGAUGUGCAGUAUUAAGGUUCGACAAGAUAGAUCAUUCAAUUAUUUUCAGUAGACUUAGUGAGAUAUCGAAGUAUGAAGUAAUCAACAUAACAGAAGAGGCUUUGAAUUUGCUUACGGAUCUCAGUGAUGGUGACAUGCGCCAGGCAUUAAACAUCCUUCAGGCAUGCAUAAACACGUCUUUUACUGUAGAUGAGGAAUUUAUUAUCAAGAUAAUAGGACUUCCUUCUCCAAGAAGAAUUGAGAACAUACUGAAGAAGCUUAUGCAAAGCGACAUCGAAAGUGCAAUUGCAGAGUUUAAUCAAGUAUGGGAUGAAGGAUUUGAUGCAUCAGAUCUAAUAAGCUCGUUUUUCAAAGCAUGCAAGAGAAUUGAGAAUUAUGAGAUACUGAAAAUAGUUGGGCUGGCAACCAUGAGAAUAUCUGAGGGAGUCAAUUCUAAGGUGCAGUUUUAUGGAUUAUUUAAUGACAUUGUGUGUAUAAAUACAAAUACUCCUAAUGCUUAG